AUGCCUUCCACCAUCGCUCCCCGCUUCAAUGCUUCCCCUUAUCCGCCUCCUUUUGAGGCGCCUCAAAGUCGCUCCCCUCAUUCGGCCCUUCGCAUGCCUUCCACCAUCGCUCCCCGGUUCAACGCUUCCCCUCAUCCGCCUCCUCGGCCUAACCUUCCCCCUCUCCCCGUGCCUUUCGCCCGCCCUUGCGGUUCUCUUUCCCGGCACUCCCCUCCCCGCCGAUUGCUACUCUUUGUGACUGGCCACGACACCUCUCACACCCUCAUCCUCUUCUCCCUCUGUAUCAUUUCUGCUCACUUUCUCCUCUCUCUUUCCUAUCAUUUUCUCCUCCCUUUUCUCCCCUCUAUCCUCCCGUUCUCAUGUUCUCAUCUUCCCAUGCACUGCCAUGCGGUGCAGAGGAGUUUGGACCAGUUGGAGGCGUUGUCGCAGCAGCUGAGGGCGCGCACGUCGCGGCUGGAUGCCGUCACCGAGACCAACGCCGCCACGCGGCUGUUGGCGCGGGAGGGCAUCAACGCGGAGCAGCUGACCAAGGACCUGCGCUCCGUGCACCUCAAGACGACCUUUGAGGAUGUACUACCAGUGGAUGCGGGUAGUGUGGAGGAAUACCUUACCCAGGUGCACGAAACAAGCCUCGUGAUGGCGGUGCAGGCAGCAGUGCGGGAGAACACAUCAUCGUUCGAUUCCUUCAUGGCUCGAGCCAUUCAGGACGACUGGCAGAGAGACAAGCGCGACCUGCUGCACGGCCUCACUCGCCUCAACCCCUCCUCCUUCCCCUCCUCCUUCUCCACCGGUGCUGCUGGCGCUGCUGGUGCUGGUACUGUUGCUGCUGCUGCUGGUGGUAUUGCUGGUACGCCUGGGAAGGCCCAGCAACGGUUCCUCUCGGCGAUGUCCCCUCGUUCAGCUGCUGCGGCGUCUCCUGCUGCUGCUGCUGGGUUUGCGUCGCCUGGGGGGGGCGGGAGAGCGGUGGGGGAGGCGAGGGAGGUGGCGUAUGCGCAGGUGGUGGGGGAGUUGAACGCUGCUGCUGAGCAAGGCGUGGUGGUGAAGGUGGCAACGGCGAUGGCAGCGGCAUACGAGAGGGCGACAGGAGGGGAGGUGCGGGGCGAGGAGCAGCAAUCCGUGGGCACGAGGCAGAUCUGGCAGCUGGUGCAGAGUCUCUUGGGGGAGGACGAGCAGCAGCAGUCAGGAGCCUCUCUAUCGCCAUCACCAUCCUCAUCAGGAGCACCUUUCUUGAGGGGGGACCGCAUGAGCAUGGUGGUGGGGGCGAGGCGGCACCUGGAGAAGGGGCAUGCUCAGUACAUGCUUAACGUGAUUCAGUCCCACCCCAACGAGGCAUCACUGGGCGGAUCAACGGGCAGUCUGCACCGCGUGCGGGCCUUCCUCAGGGUGCGGCUGCGGGACCAGGGCCCACUGGAUUUCGAUGCCACACCCACGACUCGUCUGCCUCCGCUCGACACCACGUGGCACCAGAUCUUCUACUGUCUGCGCUCGGGCUUCACCAACGAUGCCUUGCACGUCGCACAGAACUCCCGCUCCGCCCGCUCCUUUGCCCCCUUGCUUGCCACGUGGCUCUCAUCCAACGGCUCAAUCGACCCUGCCACGUCAGCAGCAGCAGCAGACGAGUGCGACCGCAUGGCACGAACCGCAUCCCACUCCUCUCUAUCCCGCCCAGGAGCGUCCUUCACAGGCGCAGCAGCAGGGGGAGCAGCAGGAGGGGUAGAUCGCCGUAAAUUCCUUCUCUAUGUCCUCAUCUCAGGCCGGAAAGCCUUAGCAGAUCGACUCCUGCGUGAAGCUCCAUCCCUCUUCCCAACCAUAGAAGAUUUCAUGUGGUUCCAUCUUGCUAUCUUGCGCCAAACCGACCCCUCCCCUCGCUCCCAAGCCUCCCCUUCUGGCCUCGCCUUUUCCGGGCGCGACGGAGGCGGGUGGAUGGGCGGAUUCGGGGGUGCUUCGGGCGCCGACGCUGCCUCUGCUUCUGCCGCUGCUGCUGCGAACAGCGGUGUGUAUUGCACUUUAGAGAAUCUACAGGCCUACCUCUCCCGCUUCGACCCAUCGUAUUACACCAAGAACGGAAAAGACCCACUGGUCUACCCGUACGUGCUGCUGCUGAGCCUGCAGCUGCACGCAGCGGUGGUAUACCACCUGGAGAGUAUUGACGUUGUAGAUGCAGUGCACCUAGGGAUUGCCCUGGCGCACUCUGGAGGCUUACAGCUGGCGAUGCGAGGAGGGGCGGGGGGAGGAGGAGGGGGAGCGGUGAGGGGGGACGGCGCGGACGGGGGAGGGGGAGCGGGAGGGGGAGCGGGAGGGGGAGGGGGAGCAGGGGCUGUUGUUGAUGCUGAGGCUGAUAUAGCAGGGAUUAUUCGCAAGUAUGCUGUAUCUGUGUUUCUGAGAGCCGGUGAUGUGCGUACGGCUCUAGAAUACUUUGCAGUGGCUGCUGAUGUGAUUGCUGGGGGAGGGGGCGCGGGGCGAGGAGGAGGGGGCGCAACGAGGGAGCAGAGGAGGCGGAGGGCGACUGUGAUGGAGGCGACUGUGAGAGAGGUGCUGAGGAGCAAGAGGGGGAUUGAGGAGCUGCUGGGGAGUGGGGGAGGGGUGGGGGGAGCGGACGGGGGAGGAGGGGGAGGGGUGGGGAGAGGGGGGGGGGUCGCUGGCGCGGUUCGUGGGGGAGGAGGGGGCGCAGAGACAGGUGGUGCUGGGAGCAGCGAAGGACUGUCAAGACAUGGGGCAGGACGAGGAGGCCAUACACCUCUACCGGCCAUACACCUGUACCGGUGGGCGCGUGCCCCUGCCGCUGCUCUGCUCCUAGUGAACGACCGUUUCUCCCAGGCGCUGGCAGCGGUGGCGGCAGCAGCAGGGGCGGGCAGCACGGACAGUGCGGCAGUGAGGGCAGCAUCAGGGCAUGCGGCGCUGGGGAACCAGAUCAUUGGGGAGGCUCCCCCUGCUGCCACUGCUGCUGCCGCCGGCACCACUGCUGCUGCGCUGCCUGCGGGGGCGAGUUUCCCCGACCGCUCAUCUCUCGCAGAGCAGCAGGUGGCGUUCCGACAGCUGGAGUCCAUCUUCCACUUCUACCUCGACUAUGCCGCCUCGCGCCUCCCCUCCGCACUGCAGCACCUCUCCGGCCUCCCUUUCCUGCCCUUUGCCGGCCGCUCCCCUGUUGCCUGCGCUGCCGUGCUGCCGAGCCUGCACCGAGCCGUGGAGGACCGGCUGCCGAAGCUGCUGGAGGACGUGCUGUCGUGCCUGGACCGGCUCCCCGAUGCUGACCCGAACGUGCGGGCACUGAGGAAUAAUGUUCUGAAUCUGGUGGCAGGAACGCUGCACCGCAACUGGCCCCAGCACAUCUAUGAGCUUGCAGCGCGCAUGCACUCCAUGCCCUUAUCAGCAUGA